UGAAAAUUUUUUCGUAAGUGAUGCCUCCAUGUUGAGUUCAACUAUUAAAACACAAUCGAAUUGUACAAUAGAAAAGCAGAGAGCCAUCCUUUUACCCAAAUUCGUUGUAUAUAUGUGGAUUAUGUGGACGAUAAUAAACUAAAAAAGGCGUAGGAGGGUAAACAAAUUGUGCGGAAUUGUGUUAUUGAUGCGCCUCCGCCUCUUCUCUCUUCAGCUUUAGCUUCAGUCCGGGUUGCAAUUAGAGACUACAACAACAACAAGCAGCAGCAACGACUACAACUACAACAUACAGUUCUUUUGGCUCUUUUUGGGUGAAAAAGGGGAAAAUGCAGCCAAGGAAAACUGUGGCAAAAAAACAGAAAAGCGUUAAGUUCUACAUGUAAAACACACGGCAAAUAAGCAUAGCAAGUGUAUGUAUAUAUAUAUACAGAUAUAUAUAUACACAAAUACGUCAUAACGUGAUAUACAUACAGAUCCAUACGUAGUUGCAUCAGCACCGAUCAGAAAUCAUGCCUGAUUCUGAUUCAGAUUCGGAGAUUCCGCAACCGGAAAAGAGGAAGCGACGCAUUAUUAUGCGAAUCGAGUUUAGUGAUACGGACGACAACUCCGAAGCCGAUGCGGAUGCCGUUAGCAACACAAUUGACCUUGAUUCAUUGCCAUCGAGCUCCAACUCUGCCUUGGCCCUGCGUUUGCGGCAUCCACGCAGAAGGCAGACCACUAUGAUCAAUGAGAGUUCCGAUUCGGAUGAUGUGGACCAGGUGAUGUCUAGGCGGCAAGCGAAAAGCCGGAGCCGUCAUCAUCAACAGAUUCACGAUGAUCCCGAUAGCGACAAAUUAUCCUCUAGCGGUAGUGAGAUCCUUCAGCAACAAGUACAUGGUAAAAAACGCAGGAAAGUGAUCCUUUCGGAAAACGAAGAAGACGAUAGGAGAUCAAAGGAGCUGGACGAGGAUGCUGCCAAUUCAGACAGCAGCAGCAAUGAGCUGCUAGAGAAAUGCCCAAUUUGCCUAUUGACAUUCCGUCAACAGGAGAUUGGAACUCCGGUGACAUGUGAGCACAUAUUCUGUGCCGCCUGCAUUGAGGCCUGGUCAAAGAAUGUUCAAACCUGCCCGAUCGAUCGUUUGGCAUUUGAUCGGAUUAUAGUACGCGACACGUAUGAACACCGGCAAUUUGUACGCGAGGUAAGGAUCGAUCUGAGCACCGCGAAAACCCAAUUGGUUCUGAACGACGAAGACGAUCCGGAUGUUGGUGAGGACGUGGAGGUAACCAAUUGCGAAAUAUGCCAAAAUCCAGAGCGUGAAGAAGUCAUGCUGCUCUGCGAUAGUUGCAAUCAUGGCUAUCACAUGGAUUGCCUGGAUCCGCCUUUGCAUGAAAUACCAGAGGGCUCUUGGUAUUGCGACAACUGUGUGGACUCUGAUGAGGACUUGGAGUUGGCUGAGGAUCUGCAUGCCUUGUACGAAGAUAUACGUGGCAUGGGAUUGCCAGAAACUCGUUUAAGAGUUAGAGAGGUUCAACAGCCGCGCAUAUUACGUACUAGGCAGAACGAACGGAUACGGGCGGCUGUGUUAAGGGGUACGCGAGCAAAUCGAUCAACCACAACAACUACGACAACCACAACAACGACAACAACCACAACGACAACGUCGAGAUCUUCGCGAGGAACCCAACAGCAAAGACGCAGACGCCGGAGAACUCGUCAUCGUACUUAUGUGGUGGAAUACGAUCUGAACAAUUUUGAUGAAAAGUUUGCCGUCAAGACCAGCAAAAAGGUUAUAAAACGUCGUCGAAAACGGCGUCGUCGUCCGACCAGGAGAGGAGCAGCAGCAGCUAGUGAGGGAACUGCACGUCUAAGUGCCAGCAAACGUUUGGCCGAGCAGUUGGGCGUGAAAAUGGACGGAGCCGGUCGUUCGCACUUGAGCGGUGGCAGUGCCUCCACCUUCACUCUCUUCGGCAAUGCCAAUGAUUUGGAAUAUUUCUCCGAUGGCGAGGAGGACGGACAAACAGAAGCAGCCUUAAUUGCUGGACAUCGGGAUUCGGGCAAUGCAACCGCUGUGCAAACCUCUGUCCGUAUUGCCAGCAUUGGAGCGCCGCAAAGUCGCAAAGCUCUGUUGCUGGGGAAGGCGCGGAUAGCGCAGCCCGCACCACCAGCUGCAUCAUCUGGGGAUAUUUUGUCAACCAUUAUGAAUUUGCAAGAGCGUUGGCAUGAUGCAUCCCGCAAUUUAAGUGAGGUUCACAUUCGUGCCGAUGGCAGUCUCAAUCUGCCGCCUCCAUCAAAAGUUGUUAAGACGACGAAGCCAAAUAAUGCUGCCACUCCUACUCCUACUCCUACUCCUACUCCGACUCAGGAAAUAACACAAGUUCCACUCUAUCAGCGUGGAGGAUCGAGACCAAAUUUCAACCGAGGUAGAGGCGGUGGAAACAAUGGUGGCGGUGCAGGAGGAGGCGGAGGCAAUCGCUAUGGGGGCAAUGGUUCCUAUCAGAGGCAUUCAACUGGUGGCAUGUCAAAUAAUAGUGGUGACAUGGGCCCAUCAGCUGGUGGACAUCCAGGCGGUGAACGAUUUGGUUUCAACAAUAGCGACAACAGUAACAACAGAAGCAAUAUGACUUUUACACCCUUUCACCUGCGAUUCAAUUCACCCAACCGCCCACAACAACAACAACAACAGCAGCAGCAGCAACGCAAUCAGCAAAGAAAUCCAUCAGUUGUUAUGCCUCCAACCAACCAGCCACCGCCAACAUUUGGCGGUAUACCUUCUUCUUCAUCAAUAUCCCCAAUUGAUGUGAGUCAUUCCCUACCACCGCCCAUCGCUGCUUCACGCCCUUCGUUGCCAGCGGUUUUAAGUGUUCCGCCACCACCUGCUCCACCACCUCUAUUUGAUAGUUCCCUAUUCAAAUUAUCGACGGAUUAUGCGAAUAAAAGUGCCGAGGCCGAUGCCCAAGAUGAUGAUGACAGCGAGAAUUGUCCAAAUUUCUCUAUUUAUUCCCAAGAAUCACAAGCUGUGGCCAAAUCCACUGAGCAGCAGCAACAACAACAACAAUCGGGAGACGGAGAAAAGGAUGACGAUGAUAUGAAUGAAGAUUUAGUACAAUUGGACGAUGAUGAUGAUAUACCAUUGCCACCGGAACCAGAGCCAGAACCAGCAACUCAAAAGGUUGACAGUGAUCACGGCAGUCACGGUGGCAGUGAUCUUUAUGAGCCUGAAAAUCCCACUGAGGAACAGGAUGAUGAUGAUGCCGAUGGAGCACGAAGUGAAUCAGAAUCCGCGGGACCAGACCCUAAACUGCAAGAUAUAAGUAAUAGUAAUUCAAAUUUGGAUCCAUCGUCAUCAGAAGCAACUGUUAGCAAAGUGCCAGAGGAUGAUGAGGAGACCAAGACACGAAGUACGCCCAGUCCAACGUCAAGGGGUGGUGACUCACGUGUAGCGGAUAGGGGCAAAGGAGUCUUGGAACUGUACGAUGAUAGCGAUUGGGAGGAAUUGGAUAUCGAUAAGCCUAAAGAAUAUGAAAAGGCCCUGGUGGUUGGUGCGGAAGAUGUAAGCUCCUCGAAGCCAACAAGUUCCAAUCACGACGAGGAAACUGUCGAGGACGACGCCGAAACCGCUGCCGGGAAGACUUCAUCACGCAGCAGUAGUGAACCAGAGGAUCAGGAUCGUUCAUAUACACCAUGCCUGGAUGAGAAAAUCAUUGAAGAAGAAGCUGCGGCGGCUGCUAGUUCCAAAAAAGACGACGGCGAUGCCGAUGGCGAUGUCGAGGCCGACGACGAUGGACCAGAUGCCGAUAAUAAUUUGAGUCAUGGCGACAUGGGCACCGAAAUGAUAUCCGAAGACGAUUUGACCCAUGAGAAUGAAUUGAAGCGACCCAGUCGUAGUCGUCAUCGCGAUGAGGACAAGACAAAGCGAACUUCAUCCACAGAGCCGGUGGUCAAGUCGAAGCGUUCGAAACGCGGCAAGGACAAUAACGAAACGUUUAAGAAGGCUGGCAAGCGGCAAAAGGAUCGGAAUUAUCGUGGCGAUAAGGAUCGCAGUCGAUCGCGUAGGCGUUCCCGAUCACCACGUUCGCCGGCCGCAUCGCGAAGUCGGAGCCGUAGUCGCAACCCGAGCCGUAGUUCAAGCCAGAGUGGCCGCAGCCGUAGCGGUAGUAGAGGACGCAGUCGUGGCCGAAGACGUGAUAGUCGGAGUCGUUCGAAAUCCUAUUCCCACUCACGAUCACGUUCCCAUUCACGUGGACGUAAUCGUUAUGCGUUUCGUGGCAGGGAUAAUAAUGGUCGUGGCCACUUUGGUCGUGCCCGUGGGGGAAUGCGCUUCAGUUAUAAUCGCAAUGCUCCAUUCCAAAAUAGGCCUUAUCACCUUCAACAGCAGCAGCACCACCAGCACUACAAUAACCAUCAGGGAUAUAAUCAAGGCCCCUAUGGACAACGUCCCAAGCGUCGUGAGCUGCCACGCUACGAUGUGCGGAAUGUGGUGGGAGCACGUCACCAGCAAAGAGAUCGUUAUGGUCGGGAUGCCGAAAACAGAAAUCGUUCGGCGAGAAGUCGUUCUGGCAGCUACGAUCGCCGACAGAAUCACUCACACAGCUCUUCGCGCAGUAGAUCACGCUCAAGGUCUCGACGUUCACGAUCGGGAUCGCAAAAGCGUUAUCGUAGCUUUAGCAUAUCCCCGUCACCUCCAUCCCAUCAACAGCAACAGUCUCAACAGCAGCAGCAGGGAAUCCGUCGGCGAUCCUCCAUGUCGCCCAAUGUCGGUCGUUUCAAUCGUUCCCCCUCACAACCUCCAACCCAUUCACGUCAGCGGAGUCACAGCACAAUCUCGUUGCGUUCUCGUUCGGCACAGUCGCCUACGGCAACACGCAUGAACGGCGGACGCAAUAUGGCAGGAUCAAAGCGAUCCCCAGGCUAUUCGCCGCGUUACACACCGCGCCUCAGUCGCAGUCGUUCCAAGAGUCCCAAGAAUUUGGUUAAGAAAAAGAAAAAGAAGGGCGACAAAAAGAAAAAGAGCAAAAAACGUGCUGCCAGCCCCGGUGGCAGUCCUACACUGGGUGGAGGACGAUCACGUCGGAUCUCGUCCCGACAGCGUGAUCCCUUUGAUGACGCCAAUGAUUUUCUGGCUCCGCAGCUAAGCAAAAAGCGGCGACACUCGCCAAAGGGAGGUGGUGCCAACCAUUGGUCUCCAUCGCCCAGCCCAUCUGAUUUCCUGCACGAGAGUGGAGGCGGGGGACCGACGGAUAAGAAUGCCUCCUGGACCCCACCCCUAGGAUCCCCCAAAGCAAUGGAGGGUCUUCAUUAUAACGAAGAUCCUCGCGGACGCAGUCUGUCGCCCUUGAUGUCGGGCAAGAAAGUGAAACGGAAGCGAGACAAGAGCAAAAAGAAAAAGAAAUUGCUCGAUAAGCAACUCCGCAAGGAGAAGAAGCGCAAGCGUCAUACCCAAACACCUGAACCACUGCCCUCUAAAGAGGUCUUUGCCUCUGGCAAUAAUAUCCUUGUCAGCGUCAGCUUCAAUAAGGAGGCAACAACAGAUCAACAGCAGACAGUGGUAACACUGCCAUCCAAUCGGGAUGAUUUACUUGGAGCUCGACGGACUUCCAUAGACUCGCGGCUAACGAACUCGGCAAGUGGCGUGGCAGCCAGCAAAAAGAUCAAGAAGGACAAGACACGAAAACGGAAGAAACUGGAGGCCAAGCCUGUGGCGAUUAUCGAUCUAGAGCGUUCGCCCUUCCAGGUGCAUCAGGAGCCGGCAGAUGUGAUUGUCCUCACGGACAGCGAAGAUGCCAAUGAUCAGCAACCGUUGGGCAUGCGUCGACGACGUGGCAACAGUGUGAACUCGGCGACAGAGCAUCACGAACUGUUGCGGGAGAAUGGUCAGCGGGAGAAAACGCCGCAGGCCAUUUCGCUGGAGACCAUCAUGGAGACGUCUUACGAGAAUCAUGCGGCACAGACAACAACGGGGCCCAAAACGCCUCCAGAGCCGCCACUUGUCAAGUUCAACCUGCCCGCCAAAAAGCAACACAACGUGCGCACCAAUCCCUUGCACGAUGAUGCAGAUGACAUCAAUUCGGCCGAUGAGCUGGAAGAUGCCUGCUCUGGGAUGCGCGGUGGCGUUGGUGUUGGUAGUGUUGGUGGCGGAGAUGUCGAGGAGCCGCCAGCUCAUGAUUCACAGCAACAGAAAAUUGGACCUAACACACCGCCCGAGUCGGGUCCAUGCUCGCCGGAUGCCUACGAUCCAUUCGAGCCCACUAAAUCGCCAUCCCUCUCGCCACGCUCACCCACGCCCAUACCCAGUCAGAGUCAAGAGCCGGCUAAUCAAUCGGCAAGCGUUGGUGAUGCGACAGAGCAGCCAGAUGGCAACAAUGUGGGCACACCAUCAGCUACCAUCAGCUCCAUAGCCAAUACGGUCUCGAAUGCUGCGGUGGCGGCGGCGGCGGCGGCGGCCGCUCAAACGAAUUCUAAUACAAAUGUUGUCCUUAAUCCGGUUGAUUUGGUUAUGGCCCUGAUGAAUAAGCCAAACAUUAGUGGUUCUGGUAGUAGUGGCAACAAUAACAACAACAACAGCAGCAACAGCAACAAUCAGCCAGAAAUGACCUGUGAUGUGACCUCCUCCACCCAAUAUCUGAACAGCAGUGGCUCUGGUUGCGAAGACAAGCCAACAGAUGCCAAUGCCGUAACCGUGCUAUCAAAUGUCCUCUUAUCCGGUGGUAAUGCAUCCCAGCACAUACCCAUCAUAUCUAGUCCUACGCCCAUGGUAAAGAAGCUGACACCGCUGUCCAAGACGGGAGGCAGUGUGGCCAGCAGCAGUAGCAUGCCAACCACAAGCGGGGCAUUGCGCAAUGGUGGUGCUGGCGGCGGUGGUGGUGGCGGCAGUGGACCCAAUGCUCCUGAUGACUCAUUCAACCUCGACAUAGAGAGCCCCUAUUCGCCGGGUUCCGCUGACUAUGAGGAUCUCUUUGAGCCACCAGAGGGCAGCAGUGGUGGCGGGGGCAUGCGUCGCUCCAAGGGUAACAACAAAACGGAAAUGUUUGACAAUCUAUUUGGUAGCAGUACGCCGCCAACUAGAAUGUCAUCACGGUAUAACUCCAACUCCAAGAAUAAACGUGCAAAUAACAAAAAUGAUCGUAAAUCGAAAAUCAAAGGUAACAAAUUGGGUGAUGACCACAAAGCUUACGAUGAUGUACCCAAUUCGGCAGUGGAAUUACAAGUUAAGGAUAAAUUUUUGCGUAAGUUAAAUCGCCAGGAACGAGUCGUUGAGGAAGUGAAAUUAGUCCUGAAACCACAUUUUAAUAAAAAAGUAAUUACCAAGGAUGAUUACAAGGAUAUUAUGCGACGGGCCGUACCAAAAAUCUGUCAUAGUCGUUCCGGCGAAAUCAAUCCACAUAAAAUUAAAAAUCUUAUCGAUGCCUAUGUAAGAAAGUUCCGAGCGAAGCACAAGAAAUUAAAUCUCCUGAACACGGGGCAAGUUAGCAGUGCUGUCAAAUGUGCCGCCUAUUUGAAAAAGCUAUAAGCAAAAGCAUGGAUUGGUCGGGCACGAUGGCAUCAAAUGAACAGGUUAACGGUCGAUGCAGCAUUCCUACACACUCACAAAUACAAACACACACACACACAAAACACAAUAAAUCACCGGCCGCAAUUCGCAACACUCAUAAAUUGUCAUUACUAUUGGAAUUUAAUUGUUAAGUCAAUUUUUAGGUCAUGUUACGAAUGAUUUUUAGUGCUUAAGCUCAUUAAUGAAGUGCAGAUACAAUUUUAA